AUGAGGUCUGCGCUACGUUUGCCGGCCGAACUCCUCUCAGAGAUAUUCGUGUGGCUUCUGGACUACGUCGUCGCCGAGACAGAGUCACAGUGGCCUCAUAUUCGCACGAUAAGCCCGCAGAUUGAACGAACCAUCGGUCGUGUCUGUAGAACAUGGCGAAGCGUCGCACUGACUACGCCGCAACUCUGGAUGUACUUGGCGGUCCCCCAGAAGCCUGCAAUGUUGAGCGGAUUCCUCGAACAAUAUCUCCCUCGCAUCCGAAUGCGGCUUUUUCACUUCCAGAUAUCACCGGGCUGGGCAGGCAUGUCAUUAUUUGUUGAUGCUCUUCGACCUCAAGCAUCGCAAUGGAGUACAAUCAACUGGGCCGGCGGGAUCGAGGAAUUUAGGCGGUUAAAACCCGUCGCAACCCCGAAUCUCAAAGAAGCACACAUCACCUUCGAGGGAUUUGGCCCUGGGCUUUGGCCAACUCAAUUUCUCAAUUAUGCGCCGUCACUACAAUAUCUCGACAUCAACGCAAGCAGGUUCACCUCCAUUAACGCGGAUGCGUUCGACGCGUCCCUACCGCCUACAGCUCCCCUGCGAACGCUGGAAUUGAAAGCAAAGAAACUCCGCAUGCCUUCUCUCUUAGCAAGUCUCCGACAGUAUAGCACUACACUUCGGUCCCUCGAACUGCAUGUCGAAGUCUUCCACGAUCAGUUGGAUUCUUCGACAGGCCCACUGCCCUUGUACUCGCUGAAGCGUUUGGUGCUCGUGGCGCAGGCAGCUCAUCUGCUCCCCUUUAUCAAUGCUCCGAACAUCCAGGACAUGCUGUUCGAGGAAUGUUACGCCGUGUCUGUGCAUGCGGAGCUGGACAGGUACCUGUUCCGUGUGCCUUCUGCGGCUACGCAUAUGCGGCGCCUCAAAGUGCAUCCUUAUAUGGAGGACAAGCACUACAUCCUCUUCAGGUGUCUCCAGUGGUUGACGAACCUGACCUGGCUCGACUUGACAGCGAUGAGGUUCCAGCCAAGCGGCUUGAAUGAUCUGCUGCAGCGCUUGCGCUAUGCAGACGGUGCAUUCCCGGUUUUACCCAAGCUCAAGACCGUGAAUCUCGAGGCGGCAAGUCGGGAGGCUUUUGAUGCGUUCGCGAGCUCGAGAUCGGAAGCUCGUUCGCUGUGCGCAGAGUGCGGGAUCACCAUGCCGAAGGUCGAUGCGCACUACUAUGCCUAGUAUAAUGCAUUAAACAGUCAGUCUGAACCGUUACCAUCGAGUUGUGUUUCUAACCUAUGCUACAGGUGUGCGAUGCAACCAAAGGACGCCCCAAACCUUCCUUAACAUUGAUCCCAUACUGUUGUGUGCGCUAUCGUACAAGUCGUCACCAUGAGUACCGUGACUCUCAAUGUCGACUUAACAAUUGUCCAAUAUUAUACGUACUA